AUGCCCUUCAUGGAAGGUACAGCCGAGCAGAACCUGCAGCGUCGUACAAAUAUGACCAACAAAUUGGCCAAGCGCUUAGCAGGCAAUGCUCGCGCCAAAGCCGACCUGGGUAUCUCCUUGCAGCAGUGGUUCCUACAACUGGGGCAACAUGCGGCUGGACUACUCUCGCAGGUUCGUGCGAUAGGCCAAAGACUCGAUGCAGAUACCGAGGUAGCAGCUGGCGAGAUGAGGGACAUCCUUGCAGGCCAGCCUUCAGAAUCCACUUCGGCGCAAGUGGACAGAGCUCUGGCUGCGCUCGGACCUGUAUGGGGCCCCUUACAGGAAGCAGAGGUCUUACAGAUUGCUGCCCGCUUGCGAGCUUUCGGUGCUACUCCUGCCAUAGGGGCCCCGUCAACGGAGGCACCCAGUGGUGUCGCGCCGCCAUCCUUUGCCAGUGGAGCAGUGAUGUCUUUUACCAGACCCGAGCAAACAAGUCCCGGUUCCGAAGCCAGCUUUGGUCCAGUUGGUUUAGGUCAAUCGGGCACUGCUGUAAGGGAACUGGACUAUGGUGGCCGUGGACGUCUUAUGGAUGGCGAAGACUUCGCCGUUUUCGAUGGUUUUCCAGAUCUCCUUGGUCGAUCUGGCACUACCACAGUGGAUUCAGAGUCGAUGGGUGGCGACGGAGGCCCUUCCGGCUGUGGUCGAGGAGGGCGUUGGCGAAAACGCAGUGGGGUCAUACCCGAUCGGCCUUCCAAAAGCCCUCGCCGCGAGGCCCCGGCCGAGCCGUGGCGAACCGCCGCCACGGGUCUCACGCCAGAAGCGGUACCUCGAGUACCACAGACGACCGUGGUGGAGAACGACGUGGAGCUCGCCACCGAAGAGACGGGUCCUCCGGCGGCCGAGCUGAGCAGCCCCGCAACCAGGCCUACCGCGUUGACUUGGACCCAAGCUUGGCUCUAUAUGCUCAAGUUUGCAGCCGACAACGGCGACGCUGUCAUUGGAGAAGUUGCUACCAGCGACACCCAGGACCUUGCGAUGCCUCUGCCAAAGGAUGGUCUCGAGCCAGCAGCGGUCGUGGCAGCGGCCGACAAAGUCUGGCAGGAACUUGUGCAGUUGUUACGCGAGCCCGGCACUACCUCAGACUUGCUGGCCAGCCUGUAUCACAGCCUAGCACAGAUCCUCCACCAUAUUCGCUCCUCUCCUGGGGCCCUAAGCCAGGUGAGACAGGGACUCGUUGUUGCUGCCCAGAUUUCAGCAGGCAACCUCCUAGAUCCCUUCAGUUAUGCGCCAGCAACAGCUCAGGAAUGGCUUUUCCCCAACAUGCUGAUCGAACGAGCUGAUACCGUGUGCACCUACAGGUUCACUAGGUGGGGGCUGUUAAGUUGGUUCCUAGGGUUGGUGGGCUACUGCCUUGCGCCCUGGCUACUGGUGGUACGGCUCCUUGAGUUGAAGCUUCUUCGUGGCAAGGGCGACACUGCUUUCGCACCAACUAAGGUUCUUAACACCUACCCAGGCUCUGCCGACCACCACAUUGCUCCGGAUAGAGGCACUCCCUGCUGUGAGCCGCGAGCCCGCUCCAGACCUCCCUUGAUCAGUCAGAAAAUGCGGAGGCAGGGGAAGGUUCUAGGGCUUCUGUGGCUGCUAUGUUCCCCGGUUCAGGCCGUUCAGGUGUGGCCGGUUCGACGCUUCGGCGAGCACACAGUGUAUGCAACUGGAUCCGUACCGGAUACCCGAGCUGUGAGUGAUCUUGCACCAGCAAGCGUGGCCGGCACCCCCUGCAUGGUACCGGCUCUUCAGCAGUCACCAACCGCCUUACGUGACAUCGCUGUUUUUGCGCCUCAGGCCGACGCAUGUCCAGUAGUUUUGCAGGUCGAUGAGCGAGUGCACGGUGCACUUCUGUUCCGUUGGAUCGGGGUUGCUUUGGGCUUCAGAGCUGACUACUGGCUCUUCCGCCGGCAAAUCGAGCUGUUGCCAUCCUUGCCCCCGGAGCAGUAUGUUGUGUCGGCAUGGAGUCAAGCAUGGCACCAGAUCUCAAUUCCGGUUGAUCUUCGACCUUUAGGUGGUAGGAUAGCCCUUGCAGAUGUGCAUCGCAAUCAACCGUGUGGACGUGUUGUUCAGGUGAUUGCUCAGGCGCAAGGUUGUCUGCUGCCCCAGCACCUUCUAUGCAGAGUUGGGGGUCAUUGGUUCGAGCCAGCGGCAUACACGAUGCUUCUUCCCGGGGGUGAUGCACUACAAGCUUGGCCUGCCGAAAAUAUUCCGAGAGCGGCUUUUCCCCAGCGUCCAGGCUCUUUAUCCCCCAGGUUGUCCCUGGAGGAUGUCUUUUCCGCUAGCCUGUCGCUUCCGUCAACUGAUGAGUCGGCUUUCCACCAUGCCAGCGGGCACAAUGCUGUCAUCAUUACGCCCUUUGGGCUCCAAUAUGUGCACACCCCUCAUUUUGCUGCUGCAGAGGACAUUCGAAUCAGUGCACUUCAUGGGGUUCUUGGUUCAGUUAGCGAUGGGGACCCCUUCCUCCGCAUCCUCCCCCCACUUGCGCACUUGCCUGCUGUGCAGUUUGUCACUCUGCCCUCCCGUGCCGAGAGGCAACCUACUGUUCUUGACCUUAGGCCGGUUGGAGGUGGCAUACAUGUUGUCGCCUGUGAUAGCGGCGAUUCCCCAGAGGUCAGGUUGCGGACUGGUGUGGAUGCAUAUGGUGCCCCACUCGUGGGAGAGGCCAUUCUCCACGAACAGGAGCAAGGCCGGCUCCUCUUCCUCCAUCAAGAGCGCCAAGUCGCCCCUGAUAUGCCCCUACACGUCGAGGGAGCCGUUGUGCUUGUGGUGCUGCCGCUCAGCACUGUCUCUGUCGAAUCAGAAGGCUCAGAGCGCUCUGCAGGCCGCUUUGCACAGGUUUGGGCUGUGCGUAUCGGUGAAUGGGUCAAGGCUGCAUGUACCAAUACCGUUGAAUGGCAGCAUGUGAUGACACUGGGAGGCUUAACGUCGUGGGACUUGCCAGGUGUGGCAGUGCAUGGUGCCGACCAGAUUUGGUCAUGGCCAGCUGAGUUAGCCGACUUUUCCGGGCAAUGUGGCCACUUGCUCCAGGACGGGAGAGAUCCCUUUGUCUGUGAUGUACAUCGAGGUGUCCUUUUCCAACUUGGCGCUGCUCGCAACGCCUCUGGGAGUCAUGUGGCAGCGGGCGCGACGGCUCUGGCUGCCCGAACCUUCCGAGCCUCUUGGAUCCUCUCUCUCAGUUUGCUCUUUGCGUUCCCGAUGGCCGUGUCUGCUAUGCCCACCAUGCCUCACACAUCGGAUGAAGAUGAGUGGGAAGAGCCCGCAGUUGUUCCGCAAUACAAUGCCACACCCACCUGCAAUUUUGGUUGGAGCCACGAGUUGUCAUGUCAAACCACGCUCUGUGGUGUUCACAUCGAGGCCCUGCAUCACCACUGUCAAGUUGCCUCCCCUUUCGAAGUUGUGCGUAUUGCGGUUUGGACCCCCUUUAUGGGGCCAAGUUUCUUCGACUUCCCGCGUGAUGGCCCGCUGCAUGCUUUUCGAUUUUUGCUUCGUGAGGCCGGCUACCAUGAAGAAGCCUGCUCGCUGCAUAUCGCGUUUGAUACCUUACCUACGAGCUUAGAACUUGUCGCUUGCCCACAGGGUCCCCAACGUUGGUGGAUUGUGCGUGAUGGCAUGGCUCGGGAGCUUCUUCGGCCAGUGCGGCCCUGGCUUGAAGCUGACGGCCGCCGUAUCUUGACCGUCAACUCCCACGGGCAGGGGCAAGGCCUGUCCUACUCUGAAGAAGCGGGACGUAUGCAUUUGCUCCCGAAUGGGGUGCGGGCUGCCAUAACCUACCCCUUCUCAAGAGUCACAGGGAGGCUCUUUGAAGGUUGCCUUGAGCUGCUGGAACAUAACAUCGGGGUUCCUUCUGUCGUUGCUGCGGCAGCCUUAUCCGGUCGAAGUAGCUGGAGUGUCUUGCUGGGCCUCGUGGUUUCCGUUCAGGCUAUGCAGAACGAUCUGGCCCUCCGAUCUGCCACGGUAACCGCGCCAGUGCACUCAGAUUGGGCCCCACACCGGCCGCAGCUUGUCCCCUCCCUCACGCGCAUCUGGACUGCUACCUUGGCCGCACCCACCGUUGUCAGCUAUCACGAGUGCCCAGACCCGGUCGCUAUGGCUAGUAGUGUCGCUAACACCGCCAGGGGGCUGGCUCCCGUAGGGGAUUUCGUCUGGACGACACCUCGAGUGGUACACGGCGUUGCUCACAUCCUGCAGGUGCCACCGUGUUCUGCUCCGCCUCUGACCUACUGGUUACUACACUUCCGAGGAAGAGCCGUCGUUAUCAGUUCGCCCCGUCAAAAUUUUGACUGGCAACACAUAGCUCAGGUUGCUUCUGAGGAGUUUGGUCAUGCUUUCUUUGCGCAGGGCCAUUUUGCUGUGUGGCAUGGAGGGCGCACUAUAUCCUUCAACACGCAGAUUCCAGCUCCGGCGCAUGGCACCAUUGUGACCCUUGUUCGCACUACGCCGGCUUCUUCUGUGGGACUCUCUGCAUGGGAUACGCCGGCUGAUCUGCCUAUGACACAUCAUUUUGAAUAUGACAUUUGUAGGGGACCUGGAGGGGAAGUUCCCUUGCCCGGGGAGCUUUGCGCACAUAUGGGACCACAUGGGUUGCUUGGAACAAGUACCAAUCGCCGCAAUGCGGUUGAUACAACAUCAGGUCAAGCCCUCACUCCUGCGCCUGCCCUGGUUCGCCAGAUCAACGAAGUCAGUCAUCAACUCAUUUUGCUUACGACACGCCUUGAAUCUGCUGGUGUGUUGCCUCAGCAGGAGGCUGCUGCCUCGAUUGAAGCACCAAAUUUCCGUGGGGAUGCUGCACAGGCUGCACAGGUUGCACAGGCUAGCGGUCAUGACGAACCGCACAGUGGUGGUAGAGGUAUCCUUCCCAUGCUUACCUGCCUCGGCAGCUUGUUUAGUGUGUCGACCCGGGCACCCAUCCUGUGCCUCUGCCUUGUCCUUCGGGCGGUAGCUAACGGGGACACUGACAACACCGGAUCAUCUGAAGAAGAGCAAGAACCGAGCUCGCCCGACCUUUCUGGGGUGGCUCCUCCCACCCCUGGUGGAGAGCUUCUAGGGCCAGAUCAUCAAGGGGGGGCGCUCCUUCGUCCUAGUGACGAGCCAGGCGCCAGCACUUCCGUCCCUAGCGAGGCCGCCCCGCCACCGGCCUCCCUGUUUCAACCUGCAACGAUUCCACUCCUCCAGCACAGAGUCACUGCUUACCUCCAAGAGGUUGGAGAACCUGGGCAUGCGCCAAGGCCGUUUUUACCCGAAGGUUGCCCUUUGACUGUGCACAACCCUUUCACGCGUAAUGCGCAGUGUCCAGUGCUUUCGCCUCUGAUAGGGACGGGGUUUGCAUUUCGGCUCUUUUUGCAGGACUAUUCUGGUCGACGAGGUUGGCAACCGAUUGUACCUGUACAACCUCAGCCGGAUGAGCGUGCUAUACAUCUUAUCCCGGCGGCCGCCGACCCAUCUCUUGUGUCGGUUCUUUUGCGCACGCCAGAUAGGCUGCACCCUAUUUGCCUUCCUCGUGUGCUCCCGGUUGGCCCCAGCCGCUCCAUUACCUUGGCCGGCAGAUUCGGCAGACUGCGAGAGCCCUAUCCGGUGCGUCGCCUUGCUGACAGGCCAGUCUACUUGCGUGACGGAGACUGCCUGCAAUUGGAUCAGGGGCCUUUUGGGCCGCCGCCACCCACGCCUGCUAGAUCAGGCGCUCACAGCGUGUCGCCGCUUAUGUAA